GGCAGUCAGCGACGAAGAAGGGGUAGUUGGGACUUGGUGACUUUCCCUUCAUGCAACACGAGUCACUGUCAUCGAGUGUAAACCAGUGUAAACCGUGCGACGGUACGCGACGCCUUUCAGUCGAGCGGUUUGCAUAGCGUUGGGCGUCGCGACGCGUACGACGGUUCACCGAUCGACAGGCGUAAGAGGCUGGCUCGCUCGCGCCUGGAAACCAACACGGUCGCGUGGCUCGAGUGGGGGGCAGCCGGACAAGUUCAGCGCGGAUAUCGAUUCAGUCUCGCGCAAACUACCCCCAUGUGCCGUGCCCGUUGCAGCAGCUCCACCUUUCAGCUUUGUUUUCCGCUCGGUGUCAUGACUAACACAUAAACAGAGCCGUCGCGGUAAAACGUUCGGGCCGCCGCGGUCCACGAGAAGAGUAAACGCGACUCGUACGGGGACACCGUCGGUGGAGAAACGAAGUCGUAAAGAAGACACGGGGACCGAUCGUCGUCGAUUUAAUUCCCCGUUCGCCGAUGAUGCUUAUCGAUUCGCGGACUAUUUCUGAAGAGGCGUUCCAUUGUUCGUACACUUCGCAGUGAGGUGGUCAAAGUUCAUUACAUAAACCCUCGCUCGCGGCAAAGGACGUGAUUAUCCAAUAUUUUCGUUCUCCACGUAAUAUUCGCGUGGUGAUCCGACGCGCCUCGCGAACACGGUAUCGUACCAUUUGUACAUAAUUCUUUUCGUUCCCCGUACGGCGGUGUGGUUGUCGUUUAAUCGCUCGUCGUUGUGCCAGCGAUUAAAAUAGAUCUUUCCAGCAAAACGUUCUAUCAUCGAUUCGCGGCGCAGAGUGCUCCCGGGGAGGGCUGUCGUUUAUUCGUCGAAAGGAAUCACAACGAUGCACACGAUAAGCAUCGCGAUAAAUUUAGAUGAUCGUCGAUACCGUUGAUAAAGUAGCAAUCGAAUGUACCUCUUCGAAAUAGUCGGACCCGAUCCCGAUCAGAUACGUACGGUCGCGCGAGACUCUCGUGAUUUCCGUCGUGGAGGCGGAUCGAUGCCGUAAACACAAGAAAAAGAGAAGAAAACAGAAGGAAGGAGGGAAAACAAUCGCGUAGAAUCGCGCCGUUCUUGAAUCCGUGGUACGUACCGCUCGAAUAUGAAGCGCUUCGAUCACGGACGCACGGAUCCGUAUUCGCCUUGACUACGAAUCGUGGGAGAACGACUGGAGCGCACCUCUACUUCUUGAGAGAUGUCUUCGAUAUCAACUCAGGUCAUCGAAAGAGCCAGCGCCGAGUUAACCAAACGAAUCAACGGACUGGGGUUGCGAGGGUCCAAACAUCAUGGUGGGGGAAAGGCCAGCGUCAUGGAACGUGUUACGAACGUGUUUUGCGGAAGCGGCGGGGUCGCCUAUACGAAUUUGCAGAGCGCGAACAAUGCGAACGCAACCCCGGAAAAGCCGAGCAGAAGCGCGCCGGUGUCGAUGGGCAGCAUGCCGCCGGCCAAUAAUAAGAGCCUGAGCAACAACAAGCCGAGAAGAAUGAGGAUAUCCAGGAACCGCGCGAGAAACAUGGCCUUGGCUUGCGGCGACACAGGGGGCUACGUACCGCCCACCACGUGGGAGGAGCUCAUGCAGGACGAUCACUUCCUCAGCAAAUUUUUCCUAUACUUCAACGCCAUCGAGACGAGGACUCUGGCUCAGGUGUGCAUAAAAUGGAGGGACGUACUUUACGCGCAGCCUCGACUUUGGACAGGACUGGUGCCCGUCCUGAGGUGUCGCGAGAUGCGCGCCAUGCCCAUCAUGUCGCGUCACCUGUUUUACGCCUCGUUGGUCAGAAGAGGUUUCUAUUCGUUGGUCCUGCUAGGCGCCACGGACGAGGAUAUAUCGGAGCUCACGCACGGGUUCCCUAUGGCCCAGCGGAACAUUCACUCGUUGUCGCUGAGAUGCUGCGCGGUCACCGACAAAGGCCUCGAAGCUCUCUUGGAUCGUUUGCAAGGUUUGUACGAGCUUGAAUUGGCCGGUUGCAACGAGAUAACGGAAGCUGGUCUGUGGACAUGCUUGACACCUAGAAUAGUAUCGCUUUCCCUGUCGGAUUGUAUUAACGUCGCCGAUGAUGCUGUCGCGGCUGUCGCUCAAUUAUUGCCAGGCCUCUUCGAGUUCUCCUUGCAGGCGUACCACGUAACCGACGCGGCCCUCGGUUACUUCAACGCUAGACAGAGUGGCGCCCUUAGCAUUCUGAGGCUUCAGUCCUGCUGGGAGCUCACCAACCACGGUGUGCUCAAUAUCGUACAUUCCUUGCCCAAUUUGACCCUGUUGUCGCUGUCCGGAUGCACCAAAGUGACGGACGACGGUGUCGAGCUGAUCGCGGAGAACUUGCCAAGACUUCGUUCCUUGGAUCUGAGUUGGUGCUCGAGGAUUUCCGACGCAGCCUUAGAAUACAUCGCCUGUGAUUUGAAUCACUUGGAGGAGCUUACGUUGGACAGGUGUGUGCACAUUACGGAUAUAGGCGUGGGCUAUAUCUCCACAAUGGGAUCAUUGAGCGUAUUGUUCUUGAGAUGGUGCUCACAACUUAGAGACUUUGGUCUUCAGCACUUGUGCGGCAUGAAAUCCUUACAAGUACUCUCCUUGGCAGGUUGCCCAUUGCUCACGAGUAGCGGACUGUCCAGCUUGAUAAAACUUCGCCACUUACACGAAUUAGAGCUAACCAACUGUCCAGGAACGUCUCCAGAACUGUUCGGCUAUUUAUGUGAACAUAUGCCGCGUUGCCUAAUCAUCGAAUAAACAAUUAACUUGCGUGAAGUAGAGAAUAAU